AUGGUCAAGCUCGGCCUCAUCCCCAUCGUCCUCUCGCUCUGGAUCGCUGCCGUCUCCGCCCACGAAGGAGAGGAUCAUGGUCCCGCUCCCGCUCCCGCCCCUUCGUCGUCGCCGGCAGCAGCUACCAGCGCCUACAGCUCCACGAAAGCUGCCACCGAUUUGAAGACCCUCUGCUCGUCGCUCAGUUAUCUGCCCGUCUGCUCGAUCAACAGCAUGGUUUGCGCCUCGAUGAGCUCUCGCUACCCCGCCCAAUGCAAUCCCGUUGCUCUGGUCCAUGUGGGCUGCAGCGACCCCGCCGCAAAGUCCAGCGCUGCCUGCUCGACCAUCACGGCGCUGUGCACCUCCACCCCCUCGGACCCUGCCUGUUCGGCCAACGUGACCGCACUUCCCAGCGCCCAGGUAGCCUCGGCCGAGACUUACUCCAUUUGCACCGAGAUGCCCAAGAUGACCGCCUGCAACAUCUGCACAGGCCAGCCCUCGGCUUCGGGUGUCUACCAGAACUGCGACCCCUUCAACGCCUUCAGCCAGUUGUGCUUGGAUAUGCCCAUGAUGACCCAGUGCCCGGCUUGGACAGAUUUCUGCAUGGCCAACAACAUCACGACCUACUGUGGCGGAUCAGCUCCCAUGCCAUCGAUGACCGGCAUGCAGUCCAUGAGCGGCAUGCCAUCGAUGACAGGCAUGUCGUCGCCUUCGUCGACCUCGUCUCCCUCGGCCACUCCCAAGAGCGGCGCUAUGGCCACCAAGGAUCUGUCCCUGGGUGUUCUCUCCGCGCUCGCCAUUACCUCCCUCUAUAUGAUCCUCGCCCACUAA